AUGACUCGAGCUUCUACUUCCGCUGCCAACUUUGGCCUCCUUCUGGUAGCUUUGGUUCUGAUGCUUCACUCUGUUGUGGGCGAGCCCACUUCUAGACAUGUCCCUCACCAUCUCUCUCCUCGCGGAGACGACAGAUAUAAGUAUUGCCUUCCCAAGUUUACUCCUAAUUAUGCGGACUACAAAGCACGCUGCGAAGCCGGAAGUGACCUCAAGCAUACUUGCUUCAUUCAAUGGGCCGGUGAUCUUAAGAACGCGGAAGUUUGCCCCUACGUUGUACCAUUACACGCCAUGAGCAAGCUCAUGAUCAAGGACGAUACCAUGAAGGAUUUCGCAAUGGAGAACCCUACUGAUUCCUUCAAGAUAACCUAUCCUCACUUCGGUGGAGUUAGCUUCCUCUUCGAGAACUUCGAUAAUAAGACCGGAUGCAAGGACAUCACUCUCCGUAGUGGUAAGAACAUUUCCUGGAGGCUCUGGGUCUCGGACGACGAUGGCAAUGGCAAGGACAUCGAUACUUUGAAUUAUAAGUGGACGAUCAAGACACUCUGCUCCAAGUGGAUCCACAUUCAUGUCAAGCAAGAUGGCUGGCCCUUUACAACUUGA